GGGGAUUCCCAUGGCAGAGCGGGAUUCCCAGGAUCCCCAGGAUUAUUCCCAGGAUUCCCAGCUGGAGCGGGGCUGGCUCCUGUCUCCCCCCGGCCGCCCCUACCUGGAGUCUCUCCUGCACAAGAACCGGCGCAGGGUGUUCGGGCUGCUGGAGCGGCCGAUCCUGCCGCCCCCCCUGGCCGUGCCCACCCUGCCCUACAAACUCUUCCUGGUGGGAAGGAGCGGAGUCGGCAAAACCGCCCUGGUGGCAGCGCUGGCCGGGACCCCCCGCCCUCCCCGGACCCCACAGACCCCCGCCCACCACGAGACCCUCGGGAUCGAGGCCACCCCGGUGUUCUGGCCGGCCAAGCCCCGGGGCAGCGCCCGCCCCGUCCUCUUCCAACUGCACUUCUGGGACUGCGGGGACGGAGCCCUGAGGAGGUUCGAGCAUCUGCUGCCCGCCUGCCAGGAGGCUCUGGACGCCGUCCUGGUCCUGUUCUCCUUCACCGACCGCGCGUCCUUCGAGGAGCUGCCGGCACAGCUGAGCCGCCUGACGGGCCCCGGCGGGACCGGCCUCGUCAGGGUGGUCGUGGGCACCAAAUCGGACCUGUCCCCGCACGCGGCCGUGACCGAGGGGGACGUGCGGGCCUUCGAGGGCUCGUGGGGGCUGCGGGUGCUGCGGGCGGGGGCGGCGCCGGGGGCGGGCGGGGGGCGGGCGGGGCUGGCCCGGGUGGCCCCGAUCCUCGAUUCCCUGGUGGAGCAGCUCUGGAAAAGGGACCAGAUCGCCGCCGGCAUCGCCCGGGGGAAAGAGGAGACCCCCCCCAGCUGA